UCACCGUCAAACUGUUCUUUCACACCACGCCCAUGCAAGUCUCAAUACGCGCGUGUUCGUGUCCGUUUAUUCUCCAUACAUUCGCACGACCAGUUUGUCCGAACAAUCAAUCAAAAAGUGCUCCACCUACAUGCUUACAACCAAUCAAAAGAACUUGCAUAAAACUUCGUGACCGCCCAUCUCACAGCAACCGAAGUAUAUCAUACUUGACAAAAUAUAAAUUACAAAAGGCAACUAAUUUCCAAAGAAUAUUACCUAUUGAGCUUACAGCAUCUCAUAUAAGUAUAAGUAUAGAUCACUUAAACGCUGUGCAGCAAUUUAAGUCUAAUUUCUUUCUGAUCAACCAAUGGUUAAUUGCAUAUAACGGUUGAGCUGUUCGAAC